GACAGCGGUUUUGACGAAGGAAAAAAAMCCGGCUAAAKGCCAUCAGGUAACUCGUCUUCUCGUUAACUCGUAGUUUUAAUAGCUAUAUUGUUCCUUUUGUUACCUUUUACUAAGCGAGUUCAAAUACURAUUGUUCGGAACACGGACAUCUGUUGCGACGAGGGGUUAGAAAUGAUUUAAUGGGAAAUUCAGAGAACGCCUGGAGAAACAUUUAAAUCUUGCCUGGUUUAAAACGCCUACGACCACACAAAUUGUAGUGCUUUGGCAAGUUUCAAGCUUUUCUUCGUCCCAAAAUUGAUAUGGAGAAGUGAGGCUGAUAUAGUACCUUGAGAUUUAAAGCGAAAAUGAAAGCAAGAAACGACGAACAUCGGUCAAGCUAUCAGUCACUACCUUCUUGCAGCGAAAAAACAAACGACAAGAGACCAUCAUCACCCGAUAGCCGCGAUGCCGAUACAGAAGCAAGCACUUCAGACAACGAAGAAAAGAACGAACAACCAUUUAAAGAACUACAAGACUACAGUGAGAAACCAGCCAUGUCAAACAAAAGGAGGAUUUGUCUUGUUGCAUCGUUGUUACUUUGUGUGUUUACAGUUUUCGCAUUCGCUUUCAUUCUUCCUUGCCAUCAUAAGACAUGUUUGAAAGAAACAAAAUGGCCGAAUUGGUCGAAAAACUUCAGYGGUGUAGCUCCCUUGGUGUUACGCGAUGUCACUGGCGCAUCUAGUUCUAAACGUAUAYUGGUUGGGUUUUCUCAYAGUGGCCGCGGAUUUCACAUUCUCAACCAUACUUGCCCUGGAUGCCAUGGAGGAGUAGUGGCUAUCGACGGAGGCGAUGGACAACAACUUUGGGCAUCAGGGGUAUUGGGUCAGUUUGGAAACAUUUUAUGUGACCUUAGCGUGAAAAAGGAUCAGCCAAGUUGUAUAGCACUCGAGGAUAAGAAUAAAAUUCUUCGUAUUGAUUCUAACAAUGGCAGUCAACACUGGACAGUGAAAAAGACAGGAACAAUUAAAGCUUUCAGGGCGAUUCGAGAUACAGAUGAUGACGGCGUUGGGGAUGUGGUCCUUCUCUACGUACCGCGUACUGGUAUUACUGCUCAGUUGUGUAUUUUGUCCGGUAGAACUGGAAAGCCCAUUGGUAGAAGUUUAACUGUAAUAAAGGGUAAAACAUCAGAYCUCCAUUAUGACGUAUUYCUUCGCUUGCAUCAGGUAACUGAYUCGAAGCAAGUUCUUCUUGUUGGCGUGAAACUAGAUUCACAGGAAACAGGAACUUUACUUGUWAUUGGGAUYGAGGACCUUGUGACUCGAGUACACAAUAGAACGACRAAAGGCUGGAGAUGGGGACCCAAUGCACCCAACAAAUACGGUUUUAUAGAGUUAUAUAAAGAUACUCUUGUACUAACGCCGCCAUUAUUUGCUGAUUUGAACAACGAUGGUAUCAAAGACAUUGUACUUUGUUCCCUGGAGGCUGGUUUAACCGUUAAAGCGAUUAAUGGCAAAGAUACAAGUCACUUAUGGUCCAGAAAACUCACAUCUACUGGAAUUCGCAGGGCCCUACCAACGAUAAUUUCUUUCGGUGAUAAAGUAACAGACAUCGCAAUCAUGAUUCAACUGGACAACAAAUCAACAAGAAUCGUUGUUCUCGAUGGAAAGAACGGWCUUGCUCUGUGGAUGUUCACCCUAAAUAGCCCUUUGACCGUCCCUCCUGUAGGGAUACCCCACAGAUCACGCACACCACGUGGUCUGAUUGUAUGGUUACCUAAAGUCAAUAUGAGAAAAUACAUUAAAAAGAGGGAUAGCAUGAAAGUAGAAAGUUAUGAUACAAACUACAAAUGGAGGCAAAAUGCUUCAAGGAGAAAAAGAGCUAUAGAAUUCUUGAGUGAAGAUGAGAACGAUAUGCUUCUUAAUGACUUAUUGGCUGAAUUGAAAGGUGAACAAGAGGAGGAUGAGACGUCAAACAUCAGUGAUUAUGAUGACCAUAAUGRRAGGGAGUCAAGUGCUCACAGCAAGGACAAUGGUAGUAUCAGCAGUGACGAGAAUGCUGGAAUCAAUAUUGAUGAUGAUAAUGAUCAAAGUGAUCGUAAACAUCAUCAUGACGAAGAUGAUAUGAAUGAUAGUAAUGGCAUACAUGAAGAUGAUUGGAAUCAUAACAAUAGUGAUGGUAUCAAUGAUAUGAUGAUGAUCAUGAUGAUCAUGUGA